AUGGUAAUAUCAUUAUGCGGGCGUAAUUUUCAGGACAAGAGUGCUGACGAGGGGUAUAGAUUUUUGCAUGAGGUAGCUGAAAAAACUCUGGAAUGGGACGUUAAGGAACCUAUUAUCAAAUCUAUACCUAAUAAGAGUGGUGUGCACAGAGUUGAUAUCAAGUUCGACUCUGAUGCCAAAAUUGCUGCUAUGGCAAGGAGAAUUGAGUCUUUAGAACAAAGUCAGUUUAGUUCCAAACCAUUUGUAGAACAUUCCUUUGAUGAUAAUGUCAGAGAGAAAGCCAAUGCUCUCUAUCAGGACAAUCGCCAACGAUUUGAACCUUACUCGAACACAUAUAACCCAGGGUGGUCGAGACACCCUAACUCUUCAUGGUCUAAGGGUCAAUAUCAAGACCAACCAAGUAUCAACAUGUCAUCGGGUUUCACACAAACAGAUCCUAGUUUGGUAGAGAGUCUAAAGUUGCUGACACAUAACACUCUACAACUUAGUCAGGACAUGAGGCAAUUUGCUCAAUUCCAGCAAAAUUCCUCUCAAUUCCAGCAGACUACCCAAAGGUCGAUAACAAAUUUGGAGCAUCAAAUAGGGCAACUGUCUAGCCAGCUGAAUGCGAGGGAUAAGGGAACCUUCCCUAAUCAGCCUCGCCCAAGUGCAAAAGCUACAUUUGAGGUGAACCAAUCUGGAUUCACACCUUCGGAUCAUGUUCAUGCCAUCACCACUUUGAGAAGUGGUAGAUUAAUAGGUAACCAAGAUCCGAAUCUUGAAGAAAAUGAGAAAGUGAGGGACUCGUCCUCUACUACACAGGAUACUCCUUCUAACAAUAACGAAAUCAGUUUGAACGAGAAGGAUGAGCCUGAGGUUUCCUACAUUCCUCGUGCUCCCUUUCCUCAAAUAUUGUUACCUAAAACUAAAGAAACUCAAAACAGUGAGAUUUUAGAAGUGUUCAAGCAAGUUAAAGUUAACAUUCUGUUGCUUGAUGCCAUUAGACAGAUUCCACCUUAUGCUACAGUUUUGAAAGAUCUUUGCACUGUGAAACGCAGGUUGAAUGUGAAGAAGAAAUCCUUUCUCAUUGAACAGGUCAGUUCCAUUAUCACAUAUAAUACACCGCCGAAGUAUAAAGAUCCUGGUUGUUCGACCAUAUCAUGUGUUAUUGGCGACCAGGCCAUUAAGCAUGCAUUGGUAGAUUUAGGUGCAAGUGUGAAUCUCCUUCCAUAUUGUGUGUAUAAGCAGCUUGGGUUAGGUGAACUUAAACCUACUAGUGUUACACUUCGUCUUGUUGAUAGGUCGAUCUAUAAAAGUACAUAG